AUGUUCACCAAGAAAAAGACAGCACCAAGAUCGGGAGAGCAGUAUAAGGUAGGACCUCCAUUCAGUAACACACAUAUAAUUCGAUCCAUCAUCUUGAAGCUGAAUAACAAAGUAAUAAUCCCCAUUGUUACAGCUCGUGUUGAUAGGGGUUUUGAUAAAAUAAAUGAUCUUUGGAUAGGGUAUAAGAGAAACUACUUCACGUUGGUAGCAUCAUUUCAAUUUAAAAAUCAAGAUGAAUCCUUAUUUCUAAAGGAAAGAUUCAAAAUUGUGGAUGGUGACAGUACUAUAAAUAUCACUUAUUUUACUAUGAGAUUGGUUUCCUUGUGUUGUGAAGACGACUUAGAACUGCCGUUGGUCCAGCAUACAGCUAAAAGAGAUCGUGGUCCACAAUAUCCACCACCAGAGCUUCCGGUUAUUACAAGUGAACUUCCAGGACAUGAAAUUAUUAAACUGGUAGCCAAUAUUAGAAAUGACAAGAAGAUCGCUCUUUUCAAUCAAAUGUUUAAAGGUGAAAUUUCAAAUUAUGGGAAAUUAUCGAAAGAUUCUAUAUUAAGAAGUUAUCCAAACAAUCAAAUUACAAAGGUUUGCAAAUAUGAGAGAGUACAAUUUGCCUCUUCAUUGGAUUGUAAAAAGACAGUUACAACUAGCAAACAUUUCAGGCUUCGAGUUGAAUUAAUGGGAGUAACUGAAACCGGCGAGAAGCUAUUAGUGGCAUAUUCUCACACGCCAUCACUAAUAAUACGAGGUAGGUCUCCAUCCAAUUAUAAAGGAUUGAAACAAAAUGUCCAGUUGCCUAAUUCAAAAGUUAAUUCCGAAACUCCUGCUAAAGAAGCGAAGUGUAAUUUGAAAAUACCUAUUAAACCACGUUCAGAUAAGGAAGUUGCACCAGUUAAAAAGGCAAAAGAGAGCAGCUCUACAUUCACAAGAACGGAUUCUACUCUUAUCGUGGAAACGUCAUCAAAUUUGAAGGUGGUAUUUGGAUUGAAUGUCCUCAAUGAGAAGAACACCAAGUUUAUUCAGGAAUAUAAAGUUGUGAAGCCAUUAUACAGUAAUAUUAGAGGUGGCAAAAAUAUUGAAAAUAAGUACUUUGCUAAAAUGAAAAAUUUCAAUGUUGUUGCGAAAAGCUGUGAAAUAUCCAAACAAGAAAAUUUAUCAAUUUCAAAAGAUAAUGAUACCCAACCAAUUAAAGGAUUACCAAGCAGAGGAAGCUUAGAUUCAAUAAAUGAGUAUUUUAAAUCUAAUGAGAAAGCAGAACCUGUGUUAGAGAAAACAGCUGUAUUAGACUUCCCCGUCUAUGCAAAUUUUAACCUACCAACUAAUUAUAAAUUAAAUGAGUUAGAAAAGCAUGGGAUUGUCGUCGAAAAGAGAAAACUAAGAACAGGCCUUCAUUCAUACAGACCAACGCUUAUACCAAAGUUUUUCUCAAGCCCAAUCAAACCAGUUUCUAAAAUUGAUUUAAGAUUAGCAUCUAGUCCAGUAUCAGCAUCUACAAAAAGUUUAAAUUUGAGUAAAACAAUGUCAUCAGACAUCUGUGUCAACCCAAAAAUGCUAUCAAGAUCUUAUACAUACUGA